AAAACUUUAUUGAGAACCGUUCGGGUUAAAAUACCCGUCAAGGGCUUACGCUAAAAUCCCUCUUUGCCCUUCUCCCAUCGGCCUCCUUUCUCUGAUACAAGAACCUUCUCUCUUUCAUCCAUGGCCUCUCCAUCUCAAGCAAGUCUCCUUCUUCAGAAACAGCUUAAAGAUCUCUGUAAAAAUCCUGUUGAUGGAUUCUCGGCGGGUCUCGUUAAUGAAACUAAUCUAUUUGAAUGGAGUGUCACAAUAAUCGGGCCGCCUGAUACAUUAUACGAGGGGGGGUUUUUCAAUGCCAUAAUGACCUUCCCACAAAAUUAUCCAAACAGCCCUCCGACAGUAAGAUUUACUUCAGAGGUUUGGCAUCCGAAUGUUUACCCUGAUGGCGAGGUCUGUAUUUCGAUUCUCCAUCCCCCUGGUGAUGAUCCUAACGGCUAUGAGCUUGCAAGUGAGCGCUGGACACCAGUCCAUACGGUAGAGAGCAUAGUCUUGAGCAUUAUAUCGAUGCUCUCCAGCCCUAACGAUGAAUCUCCUGCUAAUGUGGAAGCUGCGAAAGAAUGGAGAGAUAGAAGGGACGAGUUCAGGAAGAAAGUUGGUCGAUGUGUGAGAAAAUCGCAAGAAUCUAUGUGAAACGGAUGUGGUGAGUCCUUAUGGGUGAUUUGGUCCGUGCGGAAUUGCCAUGUUAAGUUUCUUAUUUCAUAUAUUCGUUCUAUACUCUUAUUUUGCUUUCCUUUACUUAAUGUUAUGGCUUAUGAAAACAACUUUCAGAAUGUCAUUUUUGGGACACCUUUUUUGGGUCUGCUUGUGAAUUUCUUUUUUUUGUUGACUUAAAAAACGUUAUUCAAACCAACGAGCUUGUAUUUGGUCGUUAUGAAGUCGUGUAUCGGUUUCUUGAAACGUAUGUAAGAUCGUUCUUUAUAUUCUAAGUUGUUUGCUACUUGUUUC